CCUGGCGGCCUCGGCGGAGCUGCGUUGCGGACAGAGCGUGAGGCGGCCGGGCGGCGGCGGCGGCGGCGACGGAGCCGGAAGCCGUCCUCGGUGGUGCCAUUGGACUCGGGAGGAGGAGGUUCCCUGACAGGCGCUGGCGGACCCAGACUGAUGGCAGACAAUGUCGGCCACUAACAACAUUGCCCAGGCCCGGAAGCUGGUGGAGCAGCUGCGGAUUGAGGCCGGGAUCGAGAGGAUAAAGGUCUCGAAAGCAUCCUUGGAGCUGAUGAACUACUGUGAGCAGCAGGCCAGGAAUGACCCGCUGCUGGUUGGCGUCCCGGCUUCGGAGAACCCCUUCAAGGACAAGAAGCCGUGCGCCCUCCUAUAGCCUCCCCCCGGGCCAGGCCUUCACAGCCCCCGGGUCGGGACCCAGCCUACCUUGAUCUCUGGCCAGGCCAAUUUCACAGCACGUGUGGGCAGUAGGGUGACAGGCGGAGUUUAGCAAGCUUCAAAGGUGCCCACAAAGGUGCCCGACAACCCACGAGCCCAGGGCCCUUUUGGAACCGAAGUUGGGGGUGCUGGCUGCGGGGAUGGGGGGCUGCUGGGAGGUGGCCCUUCCCAGAGCUGAGCCAGCAUUCAGGGAAGGGGGUCAGCCUUCACCCCCAGGACCUUCCGCUUGAGCCAGCCGGCCUCUCCAGGACAAGCCCCCAGGAGGGGGGAGCAGGCCUUGUCCUGACCGCUUGUCUGGUCAGGUCCAGCGGGCAGAUGACUGAAUCUGGGCCAGGGGGGCAGCAGGAGGGACAGUGCGGGCCACACUUGAGGGGCCGCCUGGGGAAGGAACCCCGCAGGAAGCCAGGCUGUCUGGCUCUCAGGAUGCCCCCUUGCUUGGACCUGGGGCCAUGGCAGGGUCAGGGCAGGCAGAGGCCCCGCUGGAGGCAAGGGGGGCCUUGGGCAGCCUUCCCUGUCCCAGACUGUUGAGGGGGGGCACCCCAAGCAGCGAAGCCCCCUCUUUUCCAUUGAGUCUCCUCUGGAGUGCUUUCCAUCUGACCUGCUUCUCCACAAUCUGCCGGAUUCUCACUUUGAGUUUCCCCCCAUCCUCCCCUCUUGCACAGAGCCCCUGAUCCCCCCUUCGCCCACUCAGGUCCCCAGGGACAUCUGCAGCCAGAGCUGCUUACAGAGCAGGGUCUGUGAGUGUGAGUGAGAGAUUCAUCCAUCAGUCCCUCCUCCUCCCACCAGGGAGAGAGCACAGCGGCUCCUUCCUUCCUUCCUUCUGCAGCACCCACGGGAAAGCCCAGGAUGGGGGGGUGACCCAAAGGGUCGCAUCCCUCCACCCCAGGUGAGCAGGAGCCCUGCUUUGCUCGAGAAAGGAGGUAAAGGAGGAGGUGGCCACCUGAGGGGUGGGGGACGCCUUCCUGCACCCCCGUCGCCCAAUCCCUGCCUGUGCAGAGGAGCCUUUUGGGCAGAAGGUGGGGUGGCUGGCUGUGUCAGUCCCAGACCUCCCUGAGAGGGAAGGGGGAGCGUGACCCAGACCAGCAGCCGAGGGGCAGAAACACGAGGUGAAGUUAGGCGGUGCCAGGGAGGAACAAAUGGGGGGGGGCUGCAUCUGCUUUGGCUGGGUCCCAACAAGCAGCAGGGAAUCUGUG